CACUACAAAGCACUUCAAAUAGCAUGUCAAUAUGUUUGUAAAGGUGAUGGUGUGAUGUCGCUGUUAGCUAUGUAGCUCUGUAUCCCUGGGUUUGGCUAGCUACUUGUGUUAUAUAUGGCUAGCAUAUUCAAUGCUAGCCAUCAAAGAAAGCUUCACCGAAACAAGAAACGUCACCCUUAAGUACGGAGCUUUCUUAUUGGUCCGCUGCCUGUCAGCACAACACCAGCAUCAGACUUGAUCGCUGGAUCAGACGCUAAUCCCUGAUAAUAAUAUGGGCUACUGUUCCAGCUGUGACCCACUCCCAGCUGGAACUCCAGCCUGAACCCCGGAUGACAAUUCCUGGCCGCCCCCGCCAAUCUUCCCAUGCACAAACACAACACUCCACUGUAUUUUUGUGUGUUGUUGCGUAUAUAGUGAUGAUAUAGUCGAUUAAUUUGUUGUUUACUGUGUUAAAAAUCCCCUUAUUAAUAAUGUGCGAAAAUAUUGUCAUGAUUUUCAAAAUGAAAAAAAAUAUAUUUAUAGAGCUGUCUGCCACAUAGAGCUCAUCAAUAUGUGGUGUUAUUCUGCCCUCUGGUGGCCAUAGAGUGUACCUACGGUAUUAUAGUAUUUAUGCCAGGUUGACGGAUCUCAGCUGCUUCCCUUCAUGAGUUAAAUCGGUUUAAUGCUGCUUAUGCUUUUUUACAAACAUUUACUUUUAAAGCGUCUGUCGGAGGCAUGGACUUUACAAAUUAGAAUGUAACAAUACAGUCAGCGCAUGCGCCGUGGACGUGUCUUCACUAAUGGUGGACCGCAGGAGCCGCGGGCGGAGUCGGGUUGUUUUCAUGUUAAAAGCAUGUAGCUUUUUCUUCAUUGGUCCAUGCAGUCAGGAUGCUGAGCAUAUUGACGCCGAGCGGGCGGGGAGGAGCCAAGGAGGCUGACGAGCGGGAUGCUGCACUCCAGCAGCCGAUGACCGAGUCCAGGAUGCCGAGGAGGAAAAUAUUCUGAACAUUGAAUUAGAAAAGAUCAUUUUAGCUAACUCCCUAUCUGUAAUAAAUAUAAUUUAUCCGUGGAAGUGGACCUGUCGCUUGGUGACGUCAUCACAUUCGCCAUCUGUGCAGCGAUGCCGAGACGACGUGACGCUCCACGGAGGGGUCGAGGACCGAGUGAAAGCUGAUGAUAUGCGGGGAAAGAGGCCCCCAGGGCGGACUGAAGGGGAACAAAGCACCGGUUCGAUCAACGUUCUGCACACUGGCAGUAUCAGCCAAAGAUGGUGGACCCCUGUGAGGCCGAGGAGCAGACCAAGUCCAUUGGGCCUCCACUCUGCACCCCCACGCUGGCCUCUGAAGACCUCCGCUUGCCAGACCAGGCCGAUGGCGCCACCACAGAGGAGGAAGGAGACGCCUGCUUUCAGACGCCGCCGUCGGGCAGCUGCGAGCCGAGCCCCUGCCACGUGGCGUCCGUGCCGGGUCCAGCUCAGACAGAAGGCUCAGUUCCAGAGGGCGCGGUUCAGGCGGCGGUCGAGCCUCAGGCGGCGGUCCAGCCUCAGCCGGCGGUCCAGCCUCCGCAGGCGCAGCCCGAUGACGAUCUGUCUCCCAAACUCCACCUGGACCUGUACAAUUUUGACUCCCCGGCUGCUGAGGGCAGCCGCUACGUGCUGACCAGCCCUCGCUCCUUGGAGGCGUGCGCCCGCUGCAGCGUCAAGCCCGUGGAGCUGCUGCCCCGCCCGCUCUCAGACUUUGCCCGCGAGGCACCAGGUCGCUCCAUGCGGGUGGCCACGGGCCUGUUUGAAGUCUACGAGAAGGAUCGCCACGCUAAGCUGAGGCACUGCAGGGAGGAGAGGGAGCGCAUCAUCAGGGAGGAGAAAAGGAGGACCAUGCAGGCUGCAGUCAACAGCUGCGCUUCCUCCUCCUCCGUGGAGCAGCACCAAGCUUUUUCUGGUUCCUGUCAGCCUCCCAAACAUGUGACCUCUGCUUGUGAUUCUGGAUCCACCCCUCGAGUACCAGCAUCCAAGUCAGGAACACCUCUCCAAUCUAAAGCCCCCGGAUCCACCAAAGCCGGCUCCUCGGGUCCCAAGCAGUCCUCAUCGUCGUGUGAACAAGCUAAAACCACAAGACCGCUGUCAGGUGGUCCUCCGGUGGUAGUCCGGAAGCCCUCUGGCAGCAAAUUUUCAAACACGUUCCCCAGACCGACAUCGAAACCCCCAACCUUCGUCCGCGCCAAGUCCACCUUGACGUCAUCUGUGUCGAAACCGCAGAGCGCCGGCACGCCACUAAACGGCGGCUUCACGAAGCACAACGGACACUUCCACCCCAAAGUGCGAGUUAAAAGUCACUCCAUGGAGUCCCUGCAGAGAAGGAUGGAGCCCUCCUCCACCUCCAACACCACGACUUGUACCUCCUCCGAGUCCGGAGCGUCGUCAUCCUACAGCUGGGACGGCCCGCGGGACCACUGGACCAAAGUGUCCAGCCCCCGCGCUCGGACCUUGGCUACUUUCAACUCCCUGAUGGGUCGCAGCCUCAGCCUGGGGGACCUGAGCCACUCCCCCCAGACCACGCAGAAGGUGGAGCGCAUCGUUAAAGAGGUGAAGCGGCGAGGUCUAAACGCUGUGUCGGAGCGCGACCGCAAGAUCGCGGCGUUGAUGCUGGCCAGGUAUCAGGAGGAGGACAUCAUGAGCCAGACCCGCUACGUGGCUCACCUCCAGUGGGACAGCGAGCGCAGGAUGGAGGAGCUGCGGCGCGAGCAGGAGGAGCGGGAGAAGCAGCGGGCAGUGAUGGAGUACCAGCGCUUGUGGCAGACGCAGGUGACCACACGCCAGCGCCGGCUCAGCCAGCAGGAGCGACGAUCGGCCGCCGCCAAGCUGCGGCAAGCCGAGGAAAGCGAGAAGCACUGGAAGGAGUUGGCGGAGCAGCAGGAGCGCCACCGCCUGCAGAGGCUGCAGCAGGCAGCGCGCGAGGAGAAGCACAAGAAGGCCCUGCAGGAGCAGAACCUGAAGGCCCUGGAGGAGGAGCGGGCGGCCGUUCUGGAGCAGGAGCGGCUGCUGCUGAAGGAGAAGCUCACUAUUGCUGAGCUGAAGAGGCAGGAGAGGGAGCACCAGGCCCAGGAGGAGAGAAGAGGUCUCAACAAAGCGGAGAGGAGGCGUCACGCCGCCCUGACCCAGGAGAUCGCCCGUCGGGAGCAGGAGGAGCGGGACGAGGCCAAGAGGACGGCGGACGAGAAGCUGAGCCGCUCCCUGGAGAACUACGAGCAGCUUGUGGAGCGGCGAGGCCAGGAGCUGAGGGAGAAGGCCAAGCGCGAGGAGAAGCAGAUCCAACGAGCCCGCAAGGCCGCUGAGAAGCGCGAGAAGCAGCAGCAGCAGCAGCUGGAGGCCCGCGUCAAGGAGGCAGAGAAACGGGCCCGGCAGGCCGCGCUGGUGGCCGAGGAGCGCGCCAAGGAGAAGGCGCAGCGUGCCGUCCAGUCCCGGCAGGAGAAGGAGCGCCUGCAGAGGCUCAAUCGGCGGCGCGUGGAGGACGAAGAGAGGCAGCGGCGCUCGGAGCUCCUGCAGUCCAUCGAGAGGAAACUGGAGAAAAGCGAGCAGAUCUUCAAGGAGAAGCGAGCCGUUCUGGAGAGCGCUCGCUCCGUCGCCCGUGCGUCCUUCCAUGUGCGGGACAAGGUGCGCGAGGAGACCAACAUGCGCACUUUUGACAAAAUGGCGCUGGAAGCUCAGCUGAAAGCCGGCCUGGAUGACAAGUAGACAUCGGCUUUACCCCCCCCCAAACUAAACAUCCCUUACAUCUCGACAACACCAGGAACCGCCAGGAAUCAAACCCGAUCCACGUUUUCUAGCCCUCCCUCCAUGACAACCACCGAGGCUUUGAAAGGAGAACUCCUGCAGACCACCUGGAGCUUUACACGCAAGGAGGAAUGGUUGUGCAAUAGGGAUCCUGCUGGACCGGUCCUCAUGAUGAAUCACCAGGUGGCCUCCUUCCUGCCUCCUCCAUCUUCCUCCAUCUUCUCCUCCAGCCGCCCACAUGCUCAGCUCAACAGGUCCACCAGAUGGACCCCCGGGCGUCCCAUCAGGACCCCCCCCCCCUUUCCUUGCUUCCACUCCAACUGUUUUAUCUACAUCGAUGAGACGCGGCCUGCAGGGUUCAAACACAACUUUUUGAGCAUCAAAGCAGUCGGGUCCGCAACAUCUUCCCUAUCUGCCCUAUCUGCGCCCCCCUCUCCAAAAAAAAUGUUCAAUGUUCAAUCUUGAAGUUCUCAAGUUCAGGUGUAGCCACAAAUGAUAUUGUUGCUGCCCAAAUCGUCAAAAACCAAAAUAAACGUUUUUUUUUCUUUGCAAGAUA